GCACGACCGAAUCAUCGACCCCGGACUCACACUCACCUUCUUGUACCUAUCUACCUAUGGCAUGAGGUCCUGCCGCUGUCAUUCGACGCGAGAUAAGCGGGCAGGGUCGAAGGUCUGGUUCCUGUCUUUUUCAGCCCCUCCUGCCAAUAUUUUCUCAGCUCUUGGAUGGGCAGGCGAACUGGGCCCAGAACGUGAGGAAUGUCACCAAAGACCUGUAUCCGUAGGCUAGCCUCCUUCUCUCCCAGUGUGUCUCUCUUUUUUUCCUCCUUCCUCCUUCCUCAUCGUCAUCUUUUUUUCUCUUCCUUCCAUUUACUCCACCCACAGACCCCAACCUGCGCCUGCCUCCCCGGUCCCGUCCAUUGAGCGAGUGACACUGUGACUGUGACAGUAGCUCAUCCCGUCGGACCCCGUCAGCCAUCUUCAUCGCCUGCUACCGUCGCCCUCCGGUCUGCACUCGGACUUUUUGUUCUCCUUUCGUCAUUGCAUCUUCCCGUCAAACUCUCUCGCGAUCAAGAAAGUGCUUCUUUUGAUCGUCACGGUCUUUAAUCUGCACAUUUGCGCCCACUAAUACGAGAAUCACACUUCACCUUAAACCCCCCUCUAACCCUUCCUUUCGUCUCACCACAUCUACGGCGCAAACAAAAUGAGAAACGCUGUUCUGCUCGCCGCCGGCCUGACGGCUAUUCGUCACGCGUCUGCCGCGUACGAUACGACAAUCUGCGGCAAGACAAACAAGUUUACGAGCUCAGAUACCCAAUUCAUCUUCCAGUCAAAUGCUUGGAACCCUGUUGGAAAUGGCUCCUCAUGCGUAUCGGUUGACCAGUCCGUUCCGGCCUUUGACGCCAACUGGAAUUGGGAAGAUGACAAGAACAACGUUCACUCGUUCCCCCAUGUCCGCUUCAACUCCACAAAGCUGCCAACUAAGCUGAGCGCCAUCAAGACGAUGCGCCUGGCGACGCAAUGGACCAUGCGCAAAGGCAACCCCGAGAACGACCCUCCUCGCGACUUUGCCGCCACCACCUGGGCGGAGAACAAGGCCGAGCUCAGCGGCGUCGUCGCCAAUGCCGCCUGGGAUUUCUUUGUCGACAAGAACAAGACGAAGACGUACAACCCCAUUGACUCGGAGGCGGAAAUCAUGAUCUGGCUGGGCAAGGUCGGAAACCCGUACCCGCUGAUGGGCGAUUCCAUCCUCACCAACAUCACACUCGGCUCGACAGAGUUCUCCCUCUGGUUCGAUACCAACCAGCGCAACCAAAAGGUUUUUACCUGGGUCACGCGCGACGGUUCCGACGUCACCCAGUUCGACGAGGAUAUCACGCCGCUACUCAAGUUCGUCCUGGACUCUGGAGAGAUUGACAGCGACUCGUGGCUCGGCCUCGUCGAGUUCGGCUCCGAGGCAUGGCACUCACCGGAGAACAUCACCUUCAGCGCGGCUCACUUUAGCAUGGACCUUGACAACGGCGACAGCGGUUCCAGCAGUGGCAGUGGUAGCGACGAUAAGAACGCAGCUGGAAGAGGCGCGCUCUCGGUGCUGAGUCUGGCUUCGGCUUUGCUGCUUUCGCUUUCAGCUUUGACUAUGUAGAUCUACAUACUUUUUUGUUUUUGCUACCACCAACAUGUCUCCGUAGAGGCGGAACGAGAUCACGGUUUGGAGCACAGCAUUUGAUUGUUUUGUUGAUGAUAUCCGGGGGUUUAAACAGUAACGGGCUUCAAAAUAGCAAUGAGUUCGAGGUUGUUUGAACCUGGACAGACAUUGUACUUAAUCGAUACAUAAUGGCAUAGAGAGAGCUGAAGAACCU